AUGAAUUGUUAAUCAGACACCAAAGAUGUUAACAUUUAGAAUUAAAUUAAAUCUAUUAUUGAAAAUAUAAAAGAUGAAUUUUAUUUCAAUGAUGAAGAAAUUGAAAAUGAUCUAAAAUAAUGGUUAGAUUAAUUAGAUGAACCUAAAAGAGAUGUAAUUAUUAAAGAAUUGCAAAAACAAUUUUUUUAAGAAUCAUUCAUAAAAAGACCUUACUUUAAAAGAAGUUAUAUCACUGAAAAUUAACCUUUAAAAUAAUAAUUUCAAGAUUAUAAAAGUGUAUACUAAGAAAAUAUAAAGAAUAAAUAGUAUGAUUUAAUCCUUUAGGAAUUAAAAAAUGAGCAAUACUGCUAAACAAACUUAAUACCAAUUGAAAUAAAAAAAUAUCUCAAUCUUCUUGAAAGAUUAGGAGAAAACAUUCAAUUUAUUUUUUAACUCAUUGAAUUAGUAAAAGAAAGACACUAAUACAAUUUUUUAUCACUUUUAAUAGCACUUAUUAAUUUGUUCUUUUUGGAAUGUGAUCAAAAUUUGAAAAAGGAAAUUAAUUAGUUAAUAGGCAUUCUGUUACAGAAUUUAAUUUAUUAAUUUUAAAAUUAUGAGGAAAUGGUAAUGAGCUAUAAUGAUUAGGAAAAAUCAGAUUUUAUAUAAUUUAUAUAAAAGGUUUAAUUUAAAGAAAUAACUGUAAAGGAAGGAUUAGAGUAAUUAUAAAAAAAGGUUAACAAUAAAUCUAUUUGUUUUUUGUUUGAAUUAUUUACAACAAAGCUUGAAUUUCAUUAUGAUAAAUUAAUAGGAUUUAUGAAAAAUCUUAUCGAUGUUAAAUAAAUUUGUUAAGAUGAUCUUAUUUAGUAUAUUUCAUUAACAGAAAAUUUCGAUGAAAAUUUAGAUUUUCUUUACUAUAGUUUAAUAUUUUAUUUUUGGAUUUAAUUAUUUAAUUCAAAUGAUGUAAAACUAAUCAUGGAACAGAUUGAAUAAAAAUUAUCUAAAACUUAAAAGAAGCAAGGACUUUUAGAGGAAGGCAUUAAACGUAUGAAAAAUUAGCAAUCAAAUAUAAUCUUCAAUUUCCUUAUAAACAAAAUAGUUUAUUAUAGAAAUUAAAAAGAUGAAGAUUUUAUUAAAAAAUAGAAAGAAUAAGAAACUUAAGAGUUGGAAUUAAUAUAAAAAUAUGAAAAAUUGAUUUCUACAAAUAUAAACGCUGAAAUGAUAUCUAAUCUAAGCUAAUUUGGUAAUAUAAAAAGGAUGAUGUUUUAUUAAUUUUAAAAAGAUAAACAAUUUUAAUUUAAUUAAUAGAUACAACUUUCGAUAUUUUUAGCUACAAAUAAUUUGAAUAAUGAUUCUGAAAAAAUUCUAAAUUAAAUAAUUAAAAAAACUGAAAAAUUAUAAUUCAAUUAAUUAACUAAACUUGAUAAAUUUGAAAAAAUUAACUUACUUUAUUUUGAGUAUGUUUUUAUGAAUAAGAAAAAGCCUUAAAUAAAAAUUUCAAGAUUUGUUCAUCAUAUAGAAAUUUUUAAUAAUUAUCCUAAAUAAUUAAAAAUUAAAAUGGAAGAUUUUAAUAUUUAAUUGAUAUCAGAAUAAGAAAAAGAGAAAAAUAUUUAAGAAUGGUUAGAAAAUAAAAGUGAUGAAAAAACUUUUAAAAAUUUGCUUCCUUAUUAUUUUAAUAUUAUUAAGAGAGGAGAAUCAGCAGAACAUUUAUUAGGAUUGAUAAAUAAUAAAGUGAUUAAUAAUUAAAGAAACAAGAAAUUUGAAACUUUAAACAUUAAAUCGCUGUUUUAAUUACUUUACAAUAAUUCAGAUAAAGAACUUUAGGUGAUGCUGUUAAAAUUACAUUCCAAGCAUUAUCCUGUUCCCCUACUGUAUUAAAAUCCAUUAUUAGAAAAUAUAAAUUCAAACCUAGACUUUUAUGUAUUAAAUUCAAAUAUAUUUUACCUUUUAUCAAACGAUUUUACAAUAAUCAAUUUUUCAUUAAGUAAAAAAUAACAUUAGUUUGGAAAAACAGAGUUGAUUAAUAUGCUCUUUUAUAAUAAUUCUACUGAAUAUAAAAUACGAAAAUUCGAGGUUUGUGAUUCAUCUUUAAUUAACAAUAAUUCUGUAGAUUGUUAGUUUGAUUUUUCCUUUAAUGGAACUCGAAAUUAUUUAAUCACUGAUGUACAUGGAAAAUUAGAGGAUGAAAUAUUAAAAAAUUUACUUCCUUUUUUCAAUCUUUGGAUAAUUUAAAUGUAAACAGAAGAUGAAUAUGAAGAAAAUGUAAAUAAAUUAAUCGAAUUAUUUGAUAAAUCAACAUUAUCAUAGACUAAGAUUGUUCUAAUUAUUCGAGACUCAAUGAAUAAGGAAUUAAAUAAGGAUAAAAUAAAUAACUUAUAAAAAAAAGAUUUUGAUUUCAAAACUUAUCGUAUUCCAAAUUUAUUAAAAUUAGAUGAUAUGGCCUAAUAAAUUGAUGAAAGAUAAAAAAUAAAAGAUUUUAUUUUAAAAACAAUUGACAAUUAAAAUGAAACAGUAAAUGAGGGAAAAUUAAAAAAUUCUUUUUUAAAAAUUUGUUAAGCCUUUAAAACAAAAGAUGAUGAAAUCGAAAGAGCUGAAAGGAUUUUAUAAGAAUUAGAAACUGAAUUAAAUAAAAAUAUAUAGAAUCCUGAUGGAUUUUAUUCAAGCGAGGCAUUUCCAUUAAGACAUUUAGCGUGGCAAAUGCAAAAAUUAAAAAAGUAAAAAUAAAAUUUUUAUCAAAAAAAAUGUUAAUUUGAAUAAGAAUAGGAAAAUAAAAUAAACUAAAUUAAAUACGGAAGGAAAACAGCAUAUAAUAUUGAAUAAUAGUAAAAAGGAAAAUAAAAAGAAUAGGAAAAAGUAGAGAUUGAAAAAAAAAUUUUUAAGACUAAAGAAGAAUUAAAAAAAAUAGAUUAAGAGAUCAGGCAAAUAGAAGAAAAAAUUAAAAAACCUCAGGAUUUAGAAUAAUCAAAAUUAAUAAAGUUAUUUAGUUAGGUAUUUUAGAGCAAUAAUUUUUAUAUAAUCUACUUAAGAUUUGUUGAACAAAUUGGAAAAUUUAAUUAAAGAAACAUUAAAAAUUUAGGAAUGUAGAUAGAGUAAAUAAAGAAAUAAUGCGGUUAAGCAAAACAACAAUAAAAUGAUCAAAUUUUAGAAAAGUAAUUGAAAGACUUUGAAGAAAAAUUUAUAGUUUAAAAUAUAAGUAUAGAAUUAUUUUGGAGAGAAAUAAUAAAUAGUAAUAGUUCUUUUUCUGUUAAUCCAAUAGAUAUAGUCUCUAAGUUGAUUAAAAAAGGUGAGCCUUUUGAAUUUUUAAGUGGGGAUGAUCUUAGCAUAGACUCUAAUUUUUUUCAUUAAUUAAGAGAAUAAUUAUUAGACCAAAAAGAUAAAAUUCUAAUAUUGAGUGUUUUAGGACCUUAAAGUUCAGGAAAAUCAACUUUAUUAAAUAGAAUUUUCGGAUGUCAUUUUUUAACUAGUGUAGGGAGAUGUACAAAAGGUUUAUUCCUAUAAUUAUUAAAAAUAUCAAAUAAAUAAUAAUUUGGAGAAGGUUUAUUUGAUUAUAUUUUAUUAUUAGAUUCAGAAGGGUUAUAAAAUCCUAAAUAAUAAGAUCCUGAAUUCGAUAAAAAAAUUUCUCUUUUCAUAUUGUCGAUUAGUGAUAUUAUUAUAUUCAAUGUUAAAGGGGAAAUUCAUGCUUCAUUUCAUAAAUUAAUAGAAGCAAGUGUUUAUACUAUUGAAAAAUUUUUUUAAUAAAAUUUUUUAAAAUAAUUUGCUUGGUGUUUUAAUUAAAACAGUUAGAUAAACGAAGAUGAAAAAUAUAAAUUAAUCAAAUAAAUUGAAACAAUUGGAGUAUAAUUAAAAUAUGAAGAAAGUACAAUGGAUGAAUCUUGCUUAUAAAUUGAUCAAGGCUAAGACUAAUAGAUUUCUGAUGAUUAACAUCCUAUAAUUAAAUAAUUUGAUUUUACUAAAUAUUUAGAAAUUACAAAGGAUGAAAUAAAUAUUUUAGGUAUGGCACAAGUUCCAAAAGAAUGGUUAAAAUAUUAGUUUCAAGAAUAUAACAACUCUAAUUUAUCCUAAAUUUAAGAAAUUAAAUAUGAAAUUAAUGAGAGUGAUUAUUCAAAAAAUGCCUUAAAAUUUGGUUUGAAAAUUAUCCAACAGUUCAUUGGAAAAUUGAAAUAAAGAUAUUAGGAUUCCCCACAAAUUUUAACUUGGGAUGCAUUAAUUACUAAAGCAGAAGAAAACUGGGAAUUAGUUACUAAAUUGCCUGAUUUAGUGGAAUUUUCUGAUUUAAAAGAAUAAAGAGAUUAUCAAAAAAUAAAGAGUAUUGCAUUAACAAAAAUUAACAAAGUUAACGAAAAAUUUUUAAAUAAUUUAGCAUUCUUAAACGAGAAAAGUAAGGAUGUAAAUACCUUAGAUGAUUAUAAUUUAAUUUAAAAAGAAAUUUAAGACCUUAUUUGCAUUUAAAUAAACUAAGCUGAAGAAAAAAUUUUAAGCGAAUUAAAGGAUAAUUAUGCUUCAAUAAUUUCAUCUGAAACUCGAAAAAAAGUUGAAGAAACUGUCAAGGAAAUAUAUAAAGCAUAAAUUUUAGAUAGAUCUUUGCUACUAUUGUAAAAAAUUCAUUAAGAAAAGAGAAAAUUUUAAUAUCGUCAAUUUCCAACUAAGAUUUCUCAAAAAAUUGCUGAAAUAUUAAAGAAUCAAAAUUAAUUAGAAAUAUAGUAAAAAAAUUAAGAUAAGAGGAAUGAAUCUUUUAAAGAAAUUUUUGAAGAAAUAGUAGAUUAAUCUAACAAAGAAAUUGAAAACAUUCAUAUAGAAUUUUCAAAACAAUUAUUUGAUUGUUUUAAGAACUACAAAAAAGAUUAAAUUUAUGAAUUUAAUAAUUUGGAUGAAAAAACAGAGUAUUUUCUAAAGAAAAUAAAUAAUUAAGAUCCGAAUAAGAAUAAGGAAGAGAGCAAUCUAAUUUGUCAACAAUUUUCAAAAGAUUUUGAAUAUUGUGCUUUUAAUAUUAUAAACAAGUAGAGUAAGCAUGAACUUUAACAAAUUUUUUAUUUAGAUAUUUGGAAAAGACUUGAUAAUUUGCCUCUUAUUGAUCCUAUUAUAGAUCCAUGGAAAUACUUGAAAAAAGAAAUUACUUAUAAUUAUUUAGAAAUGGAAAAUAUUGUGAGAGAAAUAAAAGCUAAUUUAAAAUAGGAAUUAAUUAAAAUCAUAAAAGAAGAUAAUAAAGAUGAAUAAAAAAAAUAAAUUAUCACUAAUUUAUUUAAAUUAUUGUAAAAAUUACCAAUAGAAUUUAAUUAGCUAAAAUUAUAAGAAUUGAAUUCUUUAAUGAUGAGUAAUUUUUAAGAUCUCAAAAAUUAAUUAUUCUAAAAAACAGAGAGUAAGUAAUUCCCAAAGUUAGAGUAAAAAGAAAAAACAGCUUAAUCUGUUAAAAUUGCAUCAUCAAGUGAAUCUUCAAAAUAAUAAAGAAAGGUUCAAAAUAGUGAAGAACAAUAACAAAUUUAAAAACAAAAAAAUAAUGUUAGUAUCAAUUAAGUUCAUCAAAAAUUCAAUACAGCAAAUUAACCAGUUUUUUAAAAGAAUUCGACAUUAAUUGCUUUUAAACCUGAAGUUAAUUACAAAAAAACCCAAAUGAUAGAAAAGCCUAGUUUGAUUGAUGAUCUUAUAAAUUCAGUCAAAAUUAAAUAAUAAGGAUCUUAAGAUAUUGAUGAUUUUACUUUAAGACAAUUCUAAAAUAUAUUUCCAAAAAUAUAGAUUAAAAAAACAUCAAAAAUUGAAGAUAAUCAGAAGAAAUAAUAUCUCAUCCUUAAGGAAAAUAAGUCAAUUAUUUAUAAUAAAGAGAAUAAAAAGUAAUUUGAUGAAUUUUUUUAACAUAUCAUCUCUAGUUAAAUAGCAUAACGUAAUUAACCUUAAUUUUAGAAUAAAUAAGUUUUUGAAUUAAUGUUGUAAAUCAUGUAAGAGAAUAAAGGUUGGGAAAAGCUAUGUUAAAAAAUUUAUGAUACUAUAUAAAAUUAAAAACCAUAAUAAGAGGAAUAAUGUUUUAAAUAAAUCAUCGAUGUAAAUCUGAACGAAAGUAUGACAAAAUAUAAUUGCUAAUUAAUAAAAGGAAUGAUGUAAAAAGUUGAGAACAUAAUAUUAACAACUAAUAAAUAAUUAGCUUUCUUUGGAGUGUAAUUUUCUUAAGGACUUUUUCGAAAAAUGCAGAGUUUAUAGUUAUUUAUUAUUUGGAGAUUUUUAUGCUACGAUAAAUUAAAAAUGUAUGAUUUAGAAUAAAAGGAAUUGUUAGAAAAAAAAGAAAAAUUUUAAAUAAAAUAUGAAAAUGGUAUUUUAUAAAAGGUUUAGGAGGAAAGUAAACAACAAGCAAAAGAACUGGCAUAAAAAUUGAAUGAAAUUUUUAGAAGGUAAUUUUUCAUAUAAAAUUUAAAUAAUGUUGAGAACAUAAUAAAUAAAAAUAAAAUAACAUCUAAUGAAGUAAUCAAAGAGUUAGAUUAAUUAAUAUUAAUAGAUAAAAGACAUGAUAUUAUCUCUGGGUAAAAUAUUGAAAAUACAAUAUGUAGUUACAUUUUAGAUUAAAAAGGAAUUAUUGAAAAAUACACUCAAUAAUAAAUUUUAAAAGUAAAGAAACUAAUUUAGAUAGAAUUUAGUGAGUAAAUACAUAUUUAAGAAUGUUUGAACAAAUUAAAAAAUAAUGCAAUAAUUUUAAAAGAUAGAAUUUAAAAUUUAUAUUAAAAAUAGAAAUUGUAAAAAGAUGAAUAUUUUUAUGGUCUUGACGAAGAUUAAAAGAAUGUCAAAUAUACAUAAAGAUAGGUAAUGCAAUUCAUUUUAGGGAAUGAUGUUGAAAAGAUUGAUAAUUAAGAAAAUAUAUUGUAAUUUGAUAAUAACCUUUAAAAAUUGAUUAUAGAUAAACAACCACAAAUUUCUGAUGGUGAUGAAAUUUCCAUAUAUUUGUUGAAUGAUUUUUUGGAAGGAUUUAUAUCUUAAAUUGAUAUUUUUUAUGAAAAUAGUAAAACACUUGAAACAUAAAUUGAUAGAUUUGAAGUAGAAGAUAAAUUUGAAGAGAUGAAAAAUAUAAUGAAUGGUUGUGAUUAAUUAUGUCCUAUGUGUAAUAGAAAAUGUGAUAAUGAAGAUUAUUAAGAUAUAAAUCAUAUACAUAAAUGUUAAAAUGGCCAUCAAUUAAGAGGUAUAAUAUAUUGAUAUAUUUUAAAGGAAUGAAUAAAGUAUUGAUUGGAUCAUCCCCAUCUACAUAUACUUGUGAAGAAAUACUUGAUGAAGCAGAAAUUUAAAUAAAAGAAACUCGUAAAUUUGAAACAUGGAAUAAAAUAAAAUAAUAUUACAGAGAUUGGAGUUUCAAGGAUAUUUUUUAAUCAUAGACGCUUGAACAAAAUUUAUUAAAGAUGAGAUAAAUUUGGAAUGGAGGAGUUGGUUAAUAUAUUUGUAAACAACUAUAGGAAGAUUUAAAUGAGGAAAUACUUUUUAAAUAAAAGCAUGAUCAUCCAAUGAAUAUGCAAAUAAACUCAACUCACUAUAUUUUCAUACUUGAUGAUUCUGGAUCUAUGAUCAAUAGUUGGAAUUUUUUAAUUUAAAGCGUUUCAGAUUAAUUCAAAGUAAUAAGUAAGAAAAGUGAUGCAAAAAUAAGUGUAAUAAUAUUUAAUAAAGAUGCAAGAAUUGUUAUUAAUUGUGAAGAACUUAAAAUUCAAGAAUAGUUAAAAUUACUUCAAUUUUAGAAUGGUAGUGAUACAAAGUUUGGACCUCCAUUUAAAUUGGCUUUUGACUUAAUAUCAUCUAAUUCAGAAUUUACUUCGUAUUAAUAUAAAUUUAUAUUUAGUUCUAUUAUUUUAUUUUACACAGAUGGGAUAGCAGAUUAUCCUGAAUAGGAAAUUAAUUAGUUUCGUUUAAUGCCUAAAUGGAUUAAAAAUACUAUUUAUUUGUUAGCUUGUUCUUAAAAUACAAUUCAACAAUCUUUGUUUUAGAUCAUUUAAUUUGGUGAAUAAGAAUUUGCUAAAGCAAAAUUGAGAGAUAAUGUACAUCCAUCAGACUUAAGUUUUAACUGGUCAGAGAUGAUUUCUAAGACUUAUCACAAAUAUUUAGAUAAAUAUCAAGCUUGA